AUGCUCGAACAGGACGAGAAGGAAGACGAGCAGAACAUGGCGGUGCCACGCGAACAGUGGAAGGCGACAGACUUCGUAGUGGACGACAUGGUGUACGCCUGCAUCGACGUGCUCGUCAUGGACGCCCUACGCCACCUACAAACCUUGGAGAAAAAGAGCACGCUCAGGCUGUACACCGCGUUCAUCUACCACUACAAGAGGUGGGCGGCGAAGAUGCUGAAGCAAACACGCGAUAAGCUUCCCCAUGAGCACCAACUUAGGCACGUCGACGAGAUCGGCCACUACAUCCGCGACAACCAGAAAAGUAAAUGGGACAACGAGGUCGAUGUACGCCAGGAGUACAUCUGGCUGCACGGCCCUAGGGUCACCGAAACCCGGCUGCGCGCCUACGUGAAGUGCAUGAGCCGUGAGUGUAACCUCACUGCCGCGCCGACCGAGGAGGGGAACAAUUCCACGCGAACCGCGCCUGUGCAAUCGACAACGGUGCACACGAUCCUCGGGCGCAUAAAGGCAUGCCAGAUGGCGGCGAGGGUGGAGGCAACGUUGUACCGGGAGAAGGAGCUGGGCAUCAUGAGGGAGAUCUCGGUGGUCAGAUCGGAGGUGCGGUUCAACGUCCGCUCUAAGAACGAGAGGGACAUCAAGAAUUGCGUCGACCGUCGACGCGGCACCAUUGGCGAUACCUACACCGCCGAACAGUUCCGCCAUAUCAUGAUGAAGGUGCUGCCUACAUGGGCGGCGGCGGCGUGGAACCCGCGGGCAACCACUCCUUCGCAAACGCUGUGGAGAUUCCUGCUCGUCAAGGUGCUCACGCUACUCUCCCACCACUCUCUCCUGCGCGGCGCCAGCAUCCCCGAGAUCACGCUACCCAACGUCUUCUUGUACCGACUGGAGAGCACCUCGUCGGUGAACCCGGAGAACCAGCCGGUCGUCAUGCGGAACGUGCACGCCGCACGCGCCGGAGGUGCACAGGAGCUCGCCAUCGACGGGACGCCUCGCGCCGAGAUCGCCGAGCUGGGACACUGGGAUCUCGACAAGAUGACGCGUGCUUACAUCACAGCCAUUCCCGUUGGGGUGGUGAUGAGGAAGGCCGGCUACUCGGGUUUCAAGCAAGACUACUUCUUGGGUCGCAGCAGGGUCGAGCCCUCCGCCAAACUCCUGGGCAUCCUCGCCGAGCACAUCUUCCCCGGCGUGGAUGCUAUGCUGCGCGAUGCGGAAACGCGUGCUGUCAAGGGGAGCGACGCGGACAAAGCCGCCGUGCACUUCUUGCGUACCCUCCUGAUGUUCCGACGCAUCGUCGCCGAGGACCUCGCGGUUAAGCUCGUCCGCACACCGUGGCACCCGUACGUCCAAGGUUCCAAGCUCUGUCGGAUUGCCCUCUUCCAGCACUGGGCGAAAAGGGUCGAGGCAGUCGACACCGAGACGAUAAAAAAGCGCCGAGACCCGACCCAGAUUCAGCCAGAGUAUCAUAACAUGUCCCUCAAGGAGACGCUGAAGUACGAGAUGGAGCGCUCCGCGGUCGAGAAGAUCGACCUUCAGGAGAAGAUCGAGAUGCGCGACGAUACCAUCGCGACGCUGACCGCCAAGCUUGCUCGACUCACCGAGGCACUCCGUGUGUCAGAAGCACGGAGGAUGCCGGCGGCGCCGCCGUCGGUGAACGAGCAAGCGCCGAGCGAGGGAGGCUCAGCGGAUUCGGCCAAUACGGGGGCCGGAGCCAAGGAAGGGGAUGAUAAACCCCCGAAACCCCCACAGACGGUCGACGAGGCUCGUUACGAGCUCAACGUGGUGAAACCCUGGCGAGAGGCAAAGACCGUGAGGGACGCUUGGCGGCUCUGGAACUCCGCCACCGCCGAUGACACCCGUCGUGUUUGCGACAGGGUCUUCGAGCCGGGAUUCGUCGACCGCCACACCCUCCUCGAAGGCGCGACGCAGGGUGCACACGACAUGAAGGUGCGCCGCAUGCUGAAGGCCAUGGAUGCAGUGCGCCUUCUUUGCUCGAGCGACGGCGAUGCCGACACCGAAGCCGUCGUCGCUGCACUGAACAGGAUCGCGGCGCCGGGCAUUGGGACCUUCUGCGAUGCCCUCACGGUGCUCAAACCGGAAACGGCACCGACGAAGUCCAAGGAGCCUGGCCUGGGCGUCAAGGGGCCGGGCCCCAAGGUGGUCUCGAAGCUACGUGUCGCCUGUGCGCUGGUCGCGCUCGACCUGAGGCCGAGGACUUGGGUCACCCGCCUGUUUCCAGACACCUGGGAGGAGCAGAUGCCGAAUACCGUGGCCGACUUGGCCAAGCAGACCGCACCUGCGCAGCGUCCUCCGACAAAGCGCAAGAAGUCGGCAUGA